AUGGGAAAGACAGCUGAGGAAGCUCAACAAUUGAUUGAAGAAAUGGCUGCUAACAACUACCAAUGGGCAAACGAACGAGGUAAUACAAGGAGAACCGCAGGUAUGCUCGAAGUAGAUACCUUGAAUAUGUUAAGUGCAAAAAUGGAUAAUGUGGUUAAGAUGCUUAAUAGGCAAGUUGGUUCUAGUUCUAAUCAAGGAGUAGUUGUUGCAUGUUGUACUACUUGCGGCGGAGAUCAUGAUGAUUUUAUGUGUUCUAGCAGCAAACAGGUUCAAUAUCUCAACAAUUACAACCGUCCAUCCCAAAACAAUCCAUAUUCUAAUACAUACAAUCCAGGAUGGCGUAAUUACCCGAAUUUUGGAUGGAAGGAUCAAGGGAACCAACAAAGACCAGUUAAUCCACCGGGUUUUCAACCGAAACAACCAUUUUCGAAGUCCAAACCAACUUGGAAAUUGGCAAUUGAAAAACUGGCAAAUGUAUCAAAUGAUAAAAUUGAAAAGUUAGCCAGUGUCACUACUCAACGGUUUGAAAGAAUUGAAGGAAGGAUGGACCAACUCACCAAUAUGUACAGGAAUGUUGAGAUCCAAUUAGGUCAAAUUGCUAAUGCGGUUAACAAUCGCAACCAAGAAAAUUUACCUAGAAAGACUGAGGUGAACCCAAGGGAGCAUGUGAAGGCUAUAACCCUCCGUAGUGGUAAGAAAUUAGGUGAGCCGCCGGUAGUUGAAAGUGGAAAAGAGUUUGAAAGAAGAGAAAAUAAGCAAUUAAAUGAGUUAGAAGAGGACAACAAGAAAAUCAAAGGGAAAGAAAAGAUGGAGGAAAAUGAACCACAAAUGGGAUAUACAACACCAAUUCCUCCACCAAUGCCAUUUCCUCAAAGAUUGAAGCCUUCGAGAAAUGAUAAAGAAUUUGAGAAGUUUGUCAACAUUUUCAAACAAUUACAUAUUAAUAUACCUUUUGUUGAUGCUAUUUUGCAGAUUCCUUCAUAA